AUGCCUCACACAACAGAGGGCGCGUUUCCCAACGAUGGUGUGUUUUCAAGGCUGCUUGAACUUUGCAAAGAGAGGGAUGGAAUUAUUAUAGACGACCCGACGAUUGGCGUGCAAGCCACCUAUCAUCAACUUCUUACCGAUGUCGAACAGAUGCGAUUGAAGCUAGCGCGAAUUCUCAAAGAACAGGAUCAAUCCAUUGAAUCACUCAUUGAACAGAACUACCAUAUUGGUUACGUGGGACAUGCGAAUUAUGAGUAUGCCGUCGCUUCCUUCGCCACCCUGGCACUCGGAGGCGUGAUGAUUCCUCUUCCCUUGACUAUCGAAGAGCAAAGCUAUGCGAGGGUCUCAGAGAAAUGCGACCUCAGAUGCAUUUUGGCAGGCCGCGACUACAAACACCAAGCAGCCGCUUUUCAAAAAUGCGCCAACUCCAGUCUUUCAAGCCCGAUUGACGUGCUGUCUAUCAUUUUUAACACGUCGCAAAAUUCUCCGACGUCUUUCGGUAUUGAUGAAUCAUUCCAAAUUCCCGACACCCGGCCUGCUUGGGUCUAUUGGACUUCGGGAUCCACGGGCAUGCCCAAGGGAGCAAUUCACGAUCGCCGUCUGUUCACUACACUUCCAAAGCAGUUCGACCAAGUAACCAUCGCGCAUCGACCGGCAUUUUACAUAGCCGGAACAUGGGCUAUAAUUCAAUCUGUCUUUGUCGGGCGACAUGUCUCCGUGCUUCGAAUGAAUCCUGGCCCUGAUGUGCUCUGGGAGCGAAUUCGCCAAGGGGGCGUGACUACUGUUACGGCAACCGUUGCUUUCUACGACGCCCUUGCGAGGUACUUCCGGAGUCAUUUGGAGACCUCUCCAUUGAGGAAUGAAUACCUUGAAAGUUUGAGCAGUUUCAAAAUGGGCUUCAUUGGUGGAUCCAUGCCCGUGCCAUCAUUACUAAAGUAUUGGAGGGAUGUACUCGGUGCACCUUUGAGCAUCGCGUGGGGAAGUACCGAAAUUGGAGGAGUACUGACCACCGCGGAUCCCGAGGCAUCUAUUAAUCUAGAGAGAUGCAUAGGAAAGCUCCGGUCCUCAACACACACAAUCAAGCUUUCUGAAGGCGACCACGGAACUGUCUUGGUGGAAGGCAAUUCCACAUUCAAGGGUUAUCUCCAUAACCAGCCCCCAUAUCAUGAACUGGUUGACAAUGAAGGGUCCUUCAUAACGGGCGACACUGCUCAUCGAGAUGGCGACUAUUAUAUCUUCGAUGGCCGAACGUCCAGCGAUUUCAUCAAAGCUGUCGGUGGCCCCGUCCCGGUCGUAUACAUGGAGAAUACCAUAUCAAAGCUUCCAUACAUAGAGGAAGUCUACGUUCUUCCUGUAAUGGACAAGACCGUGGGCAGUAGGGUUGGCGUUCUCGCUCGAUGUUCCGGAAGCGAGCUCACUCUACGCCGUCUCCGCGAGGACCUUGUGAAGAUUGUUCCCGCGUUCAUGCUUCCCACGGCAUUGCGUACUCUGCGUACCGGGGAGGAGAUAGAGAGAAAUCAUUCCGAGAAGAUUGCGCGGAUACUUACCGUCGAAAAGUUCUUCGGUGUUCAUUCAGGCGCGGAACUGUGGGAUUUGAGGUUUUAA